AUGGCUACUGCUUCUAAUAUUGAUGAUCUUCUUCAAUGUCCAAUUUGUUUGGAAAUUUUUCAUGAUCCUAAAGUUCUCGAUUGUCAACAUACAUUUUGCGCCAAUUGUUUAAAAGUACAUUUAUCAUCAUCAUCAAAUAUAUUACGUACACCAAAUGCAAUUGAUUGUCCAGUAUGUCGUCGACGAUCAAAUCUAAUUAAUAAUUCCGUUGAUAGUCUACCAGGAAAUUAUAUUGUACGUGAUAUAAUUGAACGUAAAUAUGGUACAGCAACACCUGAACGUCCGGCUGGUUAUAAUCAACAAAUUCAAGAUCGUAUUAAAAAAUUACAAAAAGCAGAUGAAGAAGAAAAAGAUGACACUAAUUAUUCGGAUUAUAUAAAACCAGCAGCUGCUGCUCUUAUUGGUGUAGUUGGUGGUUUACUUUUAGCUAAAGGUGUAAAAAAAUUACGUGACCACAGUAAAAAACGAAGUGGACAUUGA